AUGGAACAUCCUAUGCACAUGGCAUCACGAUCAGCAAAGACAAGACCAACAGGUCAUGUUAUAACCAACUUUUUCGUCUCAUUUUUCACUGGCGUCGUCGAACGUUCCAUUCGAAAAAUUGGAGUAAAAUAUCCAACUGGCACUCAGAGCAAGACGUUUCAAAAAAAAUCAAGAAAUGGAACAUUUAGUCCACAAUUAUUAUUAGAUCAAGCAUCAGGACUAACUAUAUCAUGGGAGAUUUUAAAUAGUACCAUUACAUUCCAAGCAUCGAUUAACCAACAAAGUUGGUUUGGUUUGGGAUUCCAUUGUGUUGGGUGUUCGUCGGACCAACCCAUGCAAAAUGCUGAUUUUGUCGUUUCAACAUUUGGAGGCAACGGGCCAACCGAUUUGAUCGUGUGGGAUAUGUUCUCUAAUCCGGGCUACCCCGACAAAUACAUGCCAGUCAACGACACUUCGAUUGCUGGUGGAGAGUACAAUAUCUUGUUUGCAUCGGGCUACCAAACCGCCGACUACACAGUCGUCACCUUUUCACGUCUCCUCGACACUGGCGACAAUGUGACCGAUCACACCAUCGUACCAGGUCCACUCGACUUGGUAUGGGCAUACGGCAGCUCCAAUGAAUUCGAAUUCCACAAUGGCAACGCCGGUCGUGUCACCGUCGACCUUACCACCGGUCAAGGUACCGUCAACAACGGUCCAGACUAUGUAGACUACCACGCCGCCUUUAUGACAGUUGCCUUUGGUUUGUUGAUGCCAUUUGGUGUGUUUGUAGGUCGUUAUCUCAAGGCUCACAUGUGGUGGUUCCCACUCCACAUCAUUAUCCAAUCGAUCGCCACCAUCUUUGCCAUCAUCGGCUUCAGUUUGGCACUCAAGAUGGUCGGUGGUCUCCACUUUACCACUGUCCAUGCCAUCAUGGGUUUCAUCACGCUCUGUCUCAUGAUGCUCUCGGUCCUGUUUGGCGCACUCAGCCAUUUCCUCUGGGACCCACUCCGUAAGAAAAUCCCUCUCUUCCCUGAUAUUAUGCAUUGGAUCGGUGGUCGUUUAGUCGUACUCUGCGGUAUCGUCACCAUCAUCCUCGGUAUGGUUCUCUACCCAGUGCCACAAGCCCUCAUCGUUGUCUUUGGUAUCACUGUCGGUCUCUACUUUUUCGUCAUCCUCUUUAUCGACAUUUAUCACAAGGUCUACCCAGACACUAUUGUUGGUCAUGGUCAUGAAACUCAAGGUUUACUUACCAACUAA